AUGUUGGAUUUGGAAAUCGUCCCUGAACGCUCCCUGGGCUGUGAUACCUGGGAAUUUGUUCUAGGGAUGCAUUUCUCACAGUCAGUCGCCAUCAUACAAAGUCAAGUGGGCACAAUAAGAGGAGUACAAGUACUUUAUAGUGAUCAGAAUCCGUUAUCAGUAGACCUAGUAAUAAAUAUGCCACAGGACGGCAUUCGGUUAAUAUUUGAUCCUGUGGCGCAGCGACUCAAAGUGAUAGAGAUCUACAAUAUGAAAUUAGUUAAGCUUAGGUAUAGUGGUAUGUGCUUCAAUUCACCGGAGAUCACGCCGAGUAUCGAGCAGGUGGAGCAUUGUUUCGGGGCGACUCACCCCGGCCUCUACGAUUCGCAGCGACACCUGUUCGCGCUCAACUUUAGAGGACUCUCCUUCUAUUUCCCCGUUGAAAGCAAGUUUGAGGUGAGCCAUCUAGGACCUGCUUGCGGCACACUUGAGCCUGGCUAUGCUCACGGGCUGGGCUCCCUACAGUUUCCUAACGGCGGGUCACCGGUAGUGGCCCGAACCACUAUUUAUUAUGGAUCUCAACAUCAAGCUAGCCAAACAAAUAACGGUAGCGUAUACGGAGCGCCUUUACCGGAGUUACCGUUAUCCUGUUAUCGACAUCAACUGCAUCUACGUCGUUGUGACGUGUUGCGAACGAGCACUAGCACCGUCGGCCUCAGGCUGCACAUGUUCACCGAGGCUCCUGGCAGGUCUGUGACAGAAGGGGGCGGCGGCCGGUCCGUGUGUCGCGUGGUGCGCUUUGGUAGCAGCGCGCAGAGUGUCUGUGCGGCUUUGGGUGCGCCGGCGCGCACGUACUACAAGGCGGACGACAAGAUGCGCAUCCACCGCCCCACGGCGCGCCGCCGGCCCCCGCCCGCCUCCGACUACUUCUUCAACUACUUCACUCUCGGAUUGGAUGUGUUAUUCGAUGCGCGUACGCAUCAAGUGAAGAAAUUCGUUCUCCACACGAACUACCCGGGGCAUUACAACUUUAAUAUGUACCACCGCUGCGAGUUCGAGCUCACCGUGCAACCAGACAAGUGCGAGGCGCGGUCGCUGGUGGAGUCCCUGGGCGCGGUGUGUAUCACGGCGUACAGCAAGUGGGAGGUGGUGUCGCGCGCGCUGCGCGUGGCAGAGCGCCCCGUCGUGCUCAACCGCGCCUCCUCCACCAACACCACCAACCCCUUCGGCUCCACCUUCUGCUAUGGAUAUCAGGAUAUGAUAUUUGAAGUGAUGUCCAAUAACUACAUAGCGUCGAUCACCCUGUACCAGCCGGAAGGCACGCGGCCCCACUACACGGUCAACAGCAUCGCGUGA